UGACACGGCCGCCAUUUUGCUCCAGCUUUCUGCUUCCAUUGUGUGAGAGAUAGUAAAUAUCUGACACUGCCAGACAACCACAACACACUUCACCGUGCGAAGAAAAAGCGUUAAAUUCACCCCCGGUGAUUCUUUGUCGUAAUGGCUCGUACCAAGCAGACUGCUCGUAAGUCCACUGGAGGAAAGGCUCCUCGUAAGCAGCUGGCCACCAAGGCCGCUCGCAAGAGUGCCCCCUCUACUGGUGGUGUGAAGAAGCCCCAUCGUUACAGGCCCGGUACCGUGGCUCUGAGAGAGAUCCGUCGGUACCAGAAGUCCACUGAGCUGCUGAUCCGUAAGCUGCCCUUCCAGCGCCUGGUGAGGGAGAUCGCUCAGGACUUCAAGACCGACCUGCGUUUCCAGAGCGCCGCCAUCGGAGCUCUGCAGGAGGCCAGCGAGGCGUACCUGGUGGGUCUGUUUGAGGACACUAACCUGUGUGCCAUCCAUGCCAAGCGUGUCACCAUCAUGCCCAAAGACAUCCAGCUGGCCCGCCGCAUCCGUGGAGAGCGCGCUUAGACGGCCUCCAUGAUGAUUCACCUCUGUCCUGUUUUUCUUUACCUCACCCCGCCCUCACUCCCUCUCUCUACCUUCCCCACCCACCUCCACCUGUUCCUCUCGACUCCCCACCCCAUCUUGCCCAGCUUCUCAGUAGACUUUAGAGUAACCCUGAUUAUGAAGAUAUAGAAAUAUGUCGAAGUCUGGUCUCCAUAGGUUUUUUCGUCUUCACCAAAUGUUUUUAGGGUACCUUUGUCGUGCAUGUAAAAGGUUUGGCAGAUCAGAAGUACAUGUGCACACAUUCUUAAACCUUUGUCACUGAGUUUUGGGUGUUGCCUGUAAAAGCUUCUGCUGGAUUCUUCCGUGGUGGGAGGCCAGCAGCUGUGGUUAGUGUGGCAAACAGAGCUGAAGCAGAGGGACGAGUACGAGGGACUAGUAUGCUUAAGGGGAGCUGCAACUUCCACAGCAGGGUGCUAUUAAAGCUAGUCCUGAGGCCUCAGCCCCUGUCUUAACACCCUGUUCCUCCCCUCCUGCCCAGUCCGUCCCUUUACACCCUCACACUCCCCCUCCACUCCACAGCUACAGGCUGCAGCUCCUCAGACCCCCCCCCCCCCCCCUUCACCUCUGUAAUGUGCUCAUGGAGGGGAUGGCGGUCUGUUUGUGUGGACGCGUGAGCUCUGAUCUCUCAAACCAUUUGUACUCAACAAACAAGGAUCUUUUGGUUGCUUAAGAUUAUUGAUUAUUGUUGUGGAUAUGGUGACUAUUUUUUUUACGCAUAUAAAUCACAGAUGCUUCUCUUUUCCACUCUCCAAAUCAUGAAAUUAACAGAAAAAACUAUUAAAACAAUUCUCUAAGGUUAUCAAUUUUUAAUUUGCAGUGGUCUGAUUUGCAACAUAAAAUCAGGAAGGGCUUCUCCAUUUUCAAAAGCAACUUCAAUUCUAAAGGCAGCCACAGGGGGGCGAUGGUUCACCAUCUGCUCCUUUAUUCAACUAUUCAGUGUAGAUCAGUCGUCACACAUUACGCUUCUGUCUCUAUCUCCACAGAUUGACUUUAGACUUGUCACUACAGUAUGAAGUGAUAUUCUAGUGGAAGUUUCACUCUGCAUGUUUUUGGGGUCUUUGUGUCUCUUGCACUCGCUGUAGAUCUGAACAUAUAAUCUGUCCCUUUCUCAAAAUUUGUGAUACACAAUAUAACCUCAUAUUUGUUUUCUUUUAUAUUUUUCUUAUUCCUUGAAAUUUUCAGACGUAUAAAUAAGCUGAUCUUUGUAUUUUCCAAAUUUCUCAUAUUAUGGUGGUAAUAAAUAGGUGUUAAGACAA